GAAGAGCGUCCUUCUAAGAUUCGAAAAGUGGAACCUUCAGAGGAUCUCAGAGACCGCAAUCAGAACCGGUCAGCCAGCCUCGAGAAGGAGGAGUCCGAAGAACUCAACGGUCUACCAGAGCGUGAGGAUGGAGAGAAUGGCACACCUCAAGCAGACGCUCAAGGCGAAACAGCCGAAAAACCUGCUCUGUCCAAGAGCCAGUUAAAAAAAAUCCGGAAGAGAGAGCAAUGGGAAGCCGGGAAAGAAUACCGCAAAAUCAAGCGGCGAGAAAAGCACAAGGAAAAGCAAGCCCGCAAAGCCGCGCAGCGGGCCGCUGCUGAGGAGAAGAUUGCCAAUGGCGAAGCCGAAGCCUCAGAGGUCUUGCCUACCACAGAAAAGAAGCCGCGGCCUCGAAGACCUAUUCAGGUCCCGGUCUCGUUGAUCAUGGAUUGUGAUUUCGAUGAGCUCAUGACGGAGAAGGAACUCAUUUCUCUUGGGGCCCAACUCACCAGGUGCUAUUCGGAUAAUAAGACUACCCCGUAUAGGUCUCACAUGGCCAUUACUUCCUGGAAUGGGAAGUUGAGGACGAGGUUUGAGACUGUGCUGACCAACAAUCACCUUUCUUGGAAGGGGAUGAGAUUUUUUGAAGAGGAUUUCAUUGCGGCUGCGAAAGAACUAGACGGGAUUAUGAGAGGUCCCGAGGGAGGGAAGUUGGCCGGUGCUCUAUCUGAAGAAGAGCCAACUACAGCUGAGAAUACGUCUCUAGAAUCCACACAACCCAAGCAGGAACCCUCAAUCGUGUACCUAACCUCUGACUCCCCACACACGCUCGAGAGGCUCUCGCCCAACACGAGCUACAUAAUCGGUGGGAUUGUCGACAAAAACCGCCACAAAGGAAUCUGCUACAAGCGAGCUUGUGAGCGCGGUAUAGCCACGGCCAAGCUUCCCAUUGGCGAGUACAUGACCAUGCAAAGCAGGUCUGUGCUAGCAGUUAAUCACGUGGUGGAGAUCAUGCUGAAGUGGUUGGAGACGGGGGAUUGGGGGGAGGCCUUCCUAAGUGUGAUUCCGAAGAGAAAGGAGGCCAAGUUGAAAGUUAAGAAGGAAGGGAGUGCAGUGGAUAGCAAGGCUACGACGGAGGAGAGAGAUAGUGGGGAUGAGGAGGAA